AGCCGGCCCUGCGGCGCGGGGUACCGCAUCCGCCAGAACCAGCUCUCGCUCCUGGUCCGGCGCUACCGGGACAUCCUCACCCGGCACUACAGCAAGGAGACCCUCUACGUGGGGAAGCUGAAGGAGCAGAUCGCGAGGCAGGCGGAGCUGGCGGGCGUGAGCCUGGCCGAGAAGGACGUGGAGGAGCUGGUGGAGAGCCCCGUGGCUCCCCGCAUCGUGGGCCACGACCUGGAGGUGCUCAAGGCCAAGCAGCACCUGGCCGUGGCUCAGGUGCGGCACCAGCAGCUGCUGGACCUGGAGGCCCAAAUCACGGAGCUGCACUCGCUCUUCCUGCACCUGGAGGUGCUGGUGUCGGAGCAGCACGAGAUGAUCAACAACGUGGAGCACUACGUGCUGCACACGCUGGACUACGUGUCCCA